AUGAGUCUUGCUUUCGGAAUUUUAACAUGUAUAUCAAGUCAACGUUUAUUUGGUGUCGAAACAAUUGAUCAUACUUUUGAACGAGAAAGUCGCAAUUAUUUUCAUCCAUUUCAAUAUUGGCUUGCAAAAAGUUUAGUCGAUAUUAUUCGACUAAUUUUGUAUCCAUUACUUUUUGUUAGUAUGCUCUAUAUUGAAAUUGUGCCACGUGGUGCAUUUGGAUACUAUUUCAGUGUUAUGAUGCUUCUUUCGUUUGUUUGUUCAGGUAUUGGACAAUUAACUUCAGUCAUUUUUAAUCGAACUGAAUAUGCCUAUCUUGCUGGUACAAUUGUUGCACUUUUGUCUUGUCUUCUAUCAGGUUUUAGUCCGACGAAAAGUGAACUUGGUCGUGGUGAUUUUAUUGUAACACUUUCUUUUUCACGUCAUGUUCAAAAUUUAUUAUUUCGUUAUGAAACAUCACUUUAUGUACAACCAAUAGGAACUGGUCCACAUAUAUGGUCGGCUUCGGUCGAAGAACUUCGAUUUUAUUAUUCAUUUAGCGACAGUGAAAAUCCAUACUUAUGCCUUCUUCUUAUCGGAUUUAUCCUACGUGGACUUACUUUUGUAUUUCUCUACGCAAAAUCGGAAUAUCGAUCACAAACACGCUUUCGUGUAACGCAUAUUGGUCCUACUAUGAAAAGUUUAAUUUGUUGUAAGACAUGUCGUCAAUAA